CGGCCCAUUUUUAAGCCACCCUGUGCGCCGUUAGUUAGCCGGGAGGAGGACAACAACGCUUGGAUACUAGGCUACGUCCCGUUUGUGGGAUACGGAGGAUAGGAUACCAGGAGCUGCGGACAAACUUUCAUGUAUUCAUUAGAGGGUAAUCUGUGACGAGAGGCCCACUUCUGCAGCCAGCGCAAUAAAGAUGAUUGAAACCAUGGAUACGCAGCGUGCUCUUCAGGCGGUGGAGCGACUGCAGGCCAAGCUGAAGGAGCGGGGGGAGGUGCCCACGGAGGAGAAGCUGGGCCUCCUCAAGUCGGUCCUCCAGAGCCCCCUCUUCCACCAGAUACUCGCCCUGCAGAAGGGGGUACAACACCUCAAGGACCAGCAGGGUCUCGGACUGCCGGCUCUGACCUCCGACCCUUAUGACCCCUACGCGACCUUGGCCCAUCAGAACGGAGGUCACUAUGGGCCGGACGGCGCGCAGAUCAACGGGAAGCCCUCCAUCGACGAGUUCGAGCGCACCAUUCGCUCCAUGGCUCAGGGGCGUUAUGUGAGUGCCCUGGAGCUGGUGAAGCCGGUGAGCGGAGGCCUGGGCUUCAGUGUGGUGGGCCUGCGCAGCGAGAACAGAGGAGAGCUGGGCAUCUUCGUACAGGAAAUACAACAAGGCAGCAUUGCACACAGUGACGGGAAGCUGCGGGAGGCGGACCAGAUCCUGGCCAUCAACGGGCAGCCCCUGGACCAGUCGGUGAGCCACCAGCAGGCCAUUGGGCUACUGCAGUGCGCCGUCGAGCGAGUGCAGCUGGUGGUGGCCCGCGGUCCCAUACCGCAGCUCUCCAGCCCUGUGGUCUCCAGAACGCCAUCCGCGGCCAGCACGCUGUCAGCACACUCGAGUGCCACGCACUGGGCGCAUGUGGAGACCAUAGAGCUGGUGAAUGAUGGCACCGGUUUGGGCUUCGGCAUCGUGGGCGGCAAGACCACCGGAGUCAUCGUCAAGACCAUACUGCCAGGAGGAAUCGCUGACCAGGAUGGGCGUCUGCAUAGCGGCGACCACAUCCUGCGUAUCGGUGAGACGGACCUAUGUGGGAUGGGGAGCGAGCAGGUGGCCCAGGUGCUGAGGCAGUGCGGUAACCGCGUCAAGCUCGUCAUCACCAGGGGAACCGGCGACGACGCUGCCACCGCCUCCACCACCCCAGUACCACCAACCCCCAUACUGCCCACGCUCACAGAACAACUGGGCUACGAAGAGGAGGAGGCGUUGAAAGAGCCGUUUGACGUCAGCCUGACGAAGAACGCCCAGGGGCUGGGAAUCACCAUCGCAGGAUAUGUAGGGGACAAGAACUCAGAGCCCUCUGGUAUUUUUGUGAAGAGCAUCACCAAAGACAGUGCAGUGGAGCAAGAUGGACGAAUACACGUAGGAGACCAGAUCAUCGCGGUGGAUGGUGUGAACAUCCAGGGCUUCACCAACCAGCAGGCAGUGGAGGUCUUGAGGCACACGGGUCAGACAGUGCACCUCAAACUGGUGCGCAGAGGGUUCCAGCCCGAGGAGCUGCUGCCCCCCACGCUACCCUCCUCCACCCCUACGCCCCCGCUCAUAACGGUGCCGCCAGUGCCGGUACCGGUGCCCGUGCUGGAGCCCCACCCCAAACCCCCUCCGCUGCCGCUGCCUCCCCCCAGGGAGUUCGCCAACGACUGGGACAGGGAGAGGCCCAUCGCUGGGCCCAUGGAGGGUAGAACAACCUCUAAGAUCUCUGACGAGAAGGCAAAUUAUGGGAUGGUUACCGCCGGAGACCUGACUGGACAAGCCGUCACAGAAGCCAUCGAGGCGGAGGUGAAGGAGGGAAUUAAACUGACACCUGAAGAGGAAGAGGAGCUGAUGAGGAGGUGGCAGAAGGCCCUGGGACCAAGCAACGAAGUGGUGGUGGCGCAGGUGGAGAAGUUCAGUGAGAGCUCCGGUCUGGGCAUCAGCCUGGAGGCCAGUGGUGGGCAUCACUACAUCCGCUCAGUGCUGCCAGAGGGGCCCGUGGGGAGGUGUGGACACCUAUUCAGUGGAGACGAGCUACUGGAGGUGAAUGGCAUCCCUCUGAUUGGAGAGACCCAUAAGGAAGUGGUCAGCAUUCUAAAGGAACUGCCCAUCUUCGUCUACAUGGCCUGCUGUCGUCCCGCCCCCCUCAUGCAGAUGCAGAUGACUGACAGCGAGCCCGGCCAAUCAGUGCUGGAGAAGAUCACCGCUAUCAAGGAGCCCGUUGCAAAGGUGUGUGCUGAGCUGGACGAUUUCCUGAGUGCAGAGGAUGCUGGGAGCAUUUUGAUUGGCCGAGACGGCGUGGCGGAGGACACGAUUGGCCAGCCGCUAGCCAUGUGGGAGACAGAGGUGCAGGACAUCGAGCUGGAGAAGGGGGACACCGGCCUGGGCUUCAGCAUACUGGACUAUCAGGACCCGGUGGACGCGGCGAAGACGGUGAUUGUGAUCCGCUCGCUGGUGCCCGGCGGGGUGGCGGAGGCGGACGGCCGGCUGCUGCCCGGCGACCGGCUGGUGUACGUGGACCGCGUGGGGCUGGAGAACGCCACACUGGAGGACGCCGUGCAGGCCCUCAAAGGAGCGUCCAUGGGCACCGUGCACAUCGGGGUGUCCAAGCCGCUGCCUGGAGCGUCCAUGGUUACCGUACACAUCGGGGUGUCCAAGCCACUGCCUACUGAGGAUGAGGAGGGGGGCAGCGGCGGGCCUUCGUCCCACGAUCUGUCCCUCAUCUUCAGCGGUCUGCUACUGAGGGGCAAGGACGGGCCCGACUGCGUGGACGGCCUCCUCUUCCGGGCCGAACCGGCGCUGAUUGAUGCCAAUGACUCUGACCUGACGGACGAGAAGCUGUUCGAGCGGCAUUUCCCCGAUGAGGAGGACGAUUCCUUCCAGGUGUCCAUGAUGGCCCUCCACGGCAGCGCCUGCAGCACCGACCUGGACUUCUCUCUCACCACCAGGCCAGGGUCCACUCCACAGCGGAAUGGGCGUUUGGAGGCAUUCUCUACCACCACCACCACCACCAACACCACCUCAUCCACUGCCGCCACAGACUACCCCUACUUAUCCCCCUCACCUGGCGGCCCACUGAUGGACCUGGCCCAUGACACCCAGCCCUUCACCCCCGACGAGGAGGGGGGGUCCCUGCUCUUCUCCCAGCCCUUCACCCCCGACGAGGAGGGGGGGUCCCUGCUCUUCUCCCAGCCCAGGGGAGAGGGCAUGUCCCUGGGCAUGGACCUGGAUCUGUCCGGGGGCAGUCUGUUCUCAGAGCUACAGCAAAUGGAGUCGCUAGUGGACUCACCAAUGAUGGUGGUGGGGGGGUACACCACCACAGAGGAAUGUGGCGUAGCGGACGCUGAGGACUUAAUAACGACCCGCGUGCCCUUGCCCUUGGACAUAAGCGAUGUCUGUGAUAUGGGUCCCGGAUUGGACCAGCAGCAGGGUUCAUAUCUGGCCGACAACAGUCAUGAAUUUGGGCAGGAUGCCGGGCCCCGCGCUCAGGAGACGCCGGUAGCCGCGGCAACAGCAGCCGCGGCAACGACAACAACCACCGUUGGGAGCAACUUCGAGAGGACAAUCACCGUCGUCAAGGGCAACUCCAGUCUUGGCAUGACCGUGAGUGCGAUGAAGGACGGCUCGGGCAUGCUGGUGCGCAGCAUCAUCCACGGAGCCUCCAUCAGCCGGGACGGGAGGCUAGGGGUGGGGGACCUCAUCCUGGCCAUCAACGGGGAAGCCACCACCCACCUCACCAACGCAGCGGCACGCGCCAUGCUGCGGAGACACUCACUCAUCGGGCCAGAGAUGGGAUCUACAGUGGCGGCCGAGGAAGAGUCGUGUCCCCUUUAUGUUUUCACCUAUGUCCCAGCGGAGUACCUUGAGGAGUACAAGGCCAGUCUUCUGCAGAGAGAUGAAGCACACACACACCCUGCCCAGACAUCAGACCCAGCAGCCCCACGAAGGGAGGUGUCGGAGCUGCCGGAGAGGGAAGAGGGCGAGGGGGAGGAGAGCGAACUGCAACUACAGAACGCAGCCUACAGCAACUGGAACCAGCCCAGGAAGGUGGAGCUUCACCGAGAGGCGGGCAAGUCCCUGGGCAUCAGCAUCGUAGGUGGGCGGGGCAUGGGCAGUCGCCUUAGCAACGGGGAAGUGAUGCGGGGCAUCUUCAUCAAGCACGUCCUGGAGGACAGUCCAGCCGGACGCAACCGCACACUCAAGACCGGGGACCGGAUCGUGGAGGUGGAUGGGGUUGACCUGAGGGACGCGAGCCACGAGCAGGCAGUGGAGGCUAUCCGCAACGCUGGCAACCCAGUUCUCUUCCUGGUGCAGAGCAUCGUCCAUCGACCACGGUCGCUGACGGCGGAGUCUGUAGAUGACAGGGCUUCCCCCUCCGCCAGGCCGGAACAUGAGAAGGCUCCAGGGACCAGGGAGCGUAGUUCCCCCAGCGCGGCGGCCCUCUUGCCCCUGCCGGUGGUGCCUCACGUGGGGGAGACGGACACGGACACCCUGACAGAGAUCCCCGACCGCAUGGAGGAAGAGGAGGAGGAGGAGGAGGACGAGGAGGACGAGUUCGGAUGCAGCUGGAGGAAGAUGAGCCAGCGGUAUGGCAGUCUGCCCGGCGCGCUGCACCUGAUCGAGCUGGAGAAGGGCCUGAUGGGGCUGGGCCUGAGCCUGGCGGGCAACCGCGACCGCUCACGCAUGAGUGUCUUCGUGGUGGGCAUCGACCCCAACGGGGCGGCCGGCAGGGACGGAAGACUACUGGUGGGAGACGAACUGCUGGAGAUUAAUGGUCAGAUCUUAUACGGCCGCAGCCAUCAGAACGCCUCCUCCAUCAUCAAGAGUGCUCCCUCCAAAGUCAAGAUCGUCUUCAUCAGGAACACUGAUGCCUUGAACCAGAUGGCAGUGGGACCCGUCAAGGAGUUUGGAGACACUCUGGAACCCCCCACUGAGGAUUCAGGAGCUCCUGGCCUCACCCCUGCAGUUGCAGACACAGACACCUUCAAGUACAUCCACCACAUCACCCUGCCUAAGGAGGAGGGAGGUGUUGGUCUAUCCUUCAGUAAAGAGGAAGACACUAUGGGAGGUCUGCUCAUACUCAACGUCCCAGAGACUGGACCCGCAGCCAAGGAGGGCUCUGUACAAGUGGGCGACAGGCUCAUGGCUGUGGAUGAUGAGGUGGUGGCCGGCUACUCAGUGGACAAGGUGAUGUCACUGCUGAGGAAAGCCAAGGGACCUGUCAAGCUCACCAUUGGCUCUCAGGACCCUCCCCCUCCCCCUCUCUCUUCCUCCACGCCCACCAAUGAGAGCAGAGCAUCUGAUGGAGCCACUCCCACCCCUACGCCCACGCCGACUCCCACUCCUCAGCCGCCCGCAGGCCUGCCAGAGACUGAGCCAAUCAGGAGUUCGAGCAGGUCGUCCACCCCGGCCACCCUGGUUGCGGACCCGGUGACCUGUCCCAUCAUCCCCGGCUGCGAGACCACGAUCGAGAUCUCCAAAGGUCGCACCGGCCUCGGCCUCAGCAUCGUGGGGGGGUGCGACACGCUACUGGGUGCCAUCAUUAUCCAUGAGGUGUAUGAGGAGGGGGCAGCUUCUAAAGAUGGACGCCUAUGGGCUGGAGACCAGAUACUAGAGGUGAAUGGUAUUGAUCUGCGCAUGGCGACGCACGACGAGGCGAUCAACGUACUGCGGCAGACCCCCCAGAGGGUGCGGCUGUCGGUGUACCGCGACGAGGGCCAGUACAAGGAGGAGGAGCUGUGGGACCUGUUCACCGUGGAGCUGCAGAAGAAGCCGGGGCAAGGCCUGGGGCUCAGCAUCGUAGGCAGGAGAAAUGACACCGGUGUGUUUGUGUCGGACAUCGUGCGGGGCGGUCUGGUGGAGUUGGACGGCCGGCUGCUGCAGGGAGAUCAGAUCCUCUCAGUCAACGGGGAAGACGUGCGCACCGCCACGCAGGAGGGAGUGGCCGCACUACUCAAGUGUUGUGUGGGCCCCAUCACUAUGGAGGUGGGCCGCUUCAAGGCAGGACCUUUCCACUCGGAAAGGAGACUCUCUCUGAACAGCCAGAGUGACAGUGGGAGCUACAAGGUGACCUCUCAGACCCUCUCUGGCUCGGGCACCGUCCACGAUUAUGAAAACACACGCAGAAGUCAUGAGUCUCUCGACCAGCAAGACGUCAGAACGGUGGAGCUGACAAAGGGUCCUUCUGAUUCGCUGGGCAUCAGUAUAGCCGGGGGCGUAGGCAGCCCCUUGGGGGACGUGCCCAUCUUCAUAGCCAUGAUGAACCCCACAGGCCUGGCAGCACAGACUCAGAGACUCAGGAUGGGGGACCGGAUCGUGAGCAUCUGUGGAACUACAACAGAGGGGAUGACACACAGCCAGGCAGUGAGUCUACUAAAGAACACCACGGGACCCAUAGAGCUACAGGUGGUGGCAGGUGACACCACUGUGACCAGUCCCACUCCAGAGCAGUCGGCUGCUGGUCUCUCUGUCACCGGUCUCACCGCCAGCAGCAUCUUCCACGACGACCUCGGGCCCCCCCAGUAUAAGCUGAUCACGCUGGACAGAGGGCCUGAUGGGCUGGGCUUCAGCAUUGUGGGGGGGUUCGGGAGCCCCCACGGGGACCUGCCCAUCUAUGUCAAGACGGUCUUCGGAAAGGGCGCUGCGUCGGAGGACGGGCGUCUGAAGCGCGGGGAUCAGAUCAUGGCGGUGAACGGCCAGAGCCUGGAGGGGGUGAGCCAUGAGGAGGCGGUCACCAUCCUCAAGAGGACCAAAGGCACCGUCACACUCACUGUACUCUCUUGAAGACACACACACACACACACACACACACACACACACACUGUACUCUCUUGAAGACACACACACACACACUAGAGACACACACACACACACUGUACUCUCAUGAAGACACACACACACACACACACACACUGUACUCUCAUGAAGACACACACACACACUAGAGACACACACACACACACACACACACACACACACACACACACACACACA